AUGAAUAAAAAUAUAAAGGAAGAUAGAAAAUGCGAUAAUGAAAGAGAAAUAAUUUUAUUAGGCCUUCUGAAUAUGGAAGGCGUUUAUGGUGAAAAUUGGCUUAGUAAAAAAAAUGAAAUUAAAAAAGAUAUAGAAUAUAAAGCAGUGAAAUUGAAUCAGGCAUUUAAACAGUCAUCAAUAUUUCAUGAGAAUUUUGAAUUUUUAUCAGCAGAUGAUUAUAAUUAUGUAAAAAACAAUUAUAUAUAUAGUGCUAUUCUUAUAUUUAAUCCUAAUUUAACUAGUAAGAAUUCUAAUAAAGAAAAAGAAAAUAACGAAAACUUAGUAAAUAAUUAUAAAAGAGAUAUAUAUAUGAUAAGUGAUAAUAAAAAAAGUAAAGAAAAUAAGUUAAAUGAAAACGUAAAAAUUAAUGAAAAUGAGGAAAAUAAGGAAAAUUGUUCUGAUGAUGGUAAACUAAAAGAAGGGAAUCAGGGAACAGAACAUAUAAAAGAUAACUUAGAUAAAAAAAAAGAAGGGAUAGGUGUUUUAGUUGUAACCUGUAAAAAAAUGGAGAAAACAAAAAUGAAACAUAUUUUAAUUAAAAUGUUAAAAAAAGAAAUAAAAGUAGAAUCAACUGUUUUAAAAUGUAAAGAUAAAAUUUCAAAAUGUACCAUAAAAAAUAAUGAAAAUAAUAAAACAAAAAGUAAAUUAACUGAAAUAAAAUAUUUAGAUAAACCAGAUACAUCUAUUAAUAUUAGUAAACCAUUUGAUGUAAAAAAAAAUAAUUUCUUUAAUAUGACAGCAUAUAUAUAUGGAUCUUCAUCAAUUUUAGCGAAUACAAGUUUAGUUCAAAGAGAAUAUCGUGAUGAUGAAUGGGCAGAAAAAUUGAGAAGAACAAAAAAAGAAAAAGAAGUCAGCAAAACUAUAAGUGAUAAUAAUAAAGAUUCAAAGAAAGAGACUGGAUUAAUUAGAUCAUUUACAUCAUUGUUUAAAAAAUAA